CGAACAUGUUGAGUUAAAUGUGCGGGCAUCGAUCGCGAAAAUGGAAUAUUAUUACUAAAUAAAUGUACAAUAGUAUUAUACGAGUGCUUUCAAUAAGAUUAAUGUGAAGCUUAAUCAAAUCAGAACACGAUUUUUAAAUUUUACGUAAACAAUUUGUGUUUUUACUGCAAUAAUAAAAAAUUCAAAUAAAAAACUAUGGAUGCGGAAACAGAUGGAGUUCCUCCAGUUAAAAACGAAAAUGAUACAAUGGAUUUGGCAGCCCGUCGUCGUUUAUUCAUGUCACAGCCAUCCACAGUUGCAUUACGACGACAGCAAGCAGUCUGUGUAAGAAGGGCUCAUAAAAUGUACGGUAGCACAAAGAAUCCAAAUGUUGUUUUAGAUGGACUUAAUAUGACAGUUCCUAAGGGUUCUAUUUAUGGACUACUUGGUGCUUCUGGAUGUGGCAAGACAACCCUUCUUUCUUGUAUUGUUGGCAGAAGGCGUCUAAAUUCUGGUGAAAUUUGGGUAUUAGGUGGACAUCCAGGGUCACGUGGUUCCGGAGUACCAGGUCCAAGAAUUGGAUACAUGCCGCAGGAAGUCGCUUUAUAUGGCGAAUUUACCAUGAGGGAGACACUAAUUUAUUUUGGUUUAAUUGCUGCCAUGCCUCAAAGUGAUAUCGACGAUCGAACCGAAUUUCUUUUAAAGCUUUUAAAUUUACCGAAUGGUUCCAAAUUUAUAAAAAAUUUAAGUGGUGGCCAACAACGACGUAUGAGUCUAGCAGUCGCUUUAUUACAUGAACCUGAACUGUUAAUUUUAGAUGAACCUACUGUAGGUGUUGAUCCUGUGCUUAGACAGAGUAUUUGGGAUCAUUUAGUUGAUAUAACAAAAAAUGGACACACCACAGUUAUUAUUACAACGCAUUACAUUGAUGAAUGUGCUCAAGCUCAUGUUAUUGGCCUUUUACGAGGUGGUAAAAUGUUAGCUGAAGAGUCACCAGAUUUUUUACGUCAACAAUAUAAUGCUACUUCUCUUGAAGAUGUUUUUCUCAAAUUGGCUGUCCUACAAAAUAUGGGAAAACGUCGACGUUCUUCUAUUGCUCAGGAAAUUGUAGAACAAGUAGCCAUACCUGCCAUAUCAAACCCAACACUUGAUAUUUCUGAUGAACAAAAUCCAGCCGAAAUAUCUGGCGAAUUUGGAGAUAAUAUUUCAAUGUCAUCUGCAGUUAGAGAUCCAAUUUCUUCAUUGGCUACACCUGCUCCACCCUUGCCGCCCGAAGAAGAAAUGCCAGUUUCUUUAUGGAACAAAUUGCAUGUUAUGCGCACAAAUCAUAUACACGCUCUGGUCUGGAAAAAUUUCUUAUGGAUGAUGCGUAAUGUUGGUGUGAUGUUAUUUAUUGUCGGUUUACCUGUGGUACAAAUAAUAUUAUUUUGUUAUGCCAUUGGACACGACCCUGUUGGACUGCAAUUAGCUGUUUCAAAUCAUGAAAUAUCAGCAGAUAUGAUUCUUAAUCAAUCAUGCCCACUUAGAGAAGGUUGUAAUCAAACUAUGCUCAGCUGCAGAUAUCUGGAUAUUUUAAUUAAAAAUAAAAGUAUGACUGUGAAAUUUUUACAAUCAGAUGAAGAGGCAUUUCAAGAAGUAAAACGUGGCAAAGCAUGGGGUUCUUUAAUAUUUUCUAGCAACUAUUCAGAAUCACUGGUUGAACGCAUUGAAAGUGGCAGGUUUACCGAUGAUGCUACUGUAGAAGCAUCUGAUGUAAACGUCAGAUUAGAUAUGUCAAAUCAACAAAUAUCAACUCUAAUAUAUCGAGAUCUUCAAUUCUCCUUUUUUAGUUUUCUCGAGAAUUUAUUAGAUGAUUGUGAGUUAAAUCCUCGCUUAGGGCGUAUUCCUGUUGAUUGGCAAGAUCCUAUUUAUGGUUAUCGGAACCCAAAUUUUACGGACUUUGCAGCACCUGGAGUUAUUUUAACUAUAAUAUUCUUUUUAUCUGUUGCUAUGACAUCAGGUGCAAUGUUAAUUGAACGCAAUGAAGGCAUGUUAGAACGUUGUUUGGUUGCUGGGAUAACAGGACUAGAGAUAUUGGUGUCACAAGUGCUUACUCAAUUCACCAUUAUGUUAAGCCAAUGUAUAUUUGUAAUAUUAUUUAGCUUUUAUAUAUAUGACCUUACUGUUGUGGGUAAUAUAUGGUUAGUAGCCGCUCUUUGUAUAUUGAAUGGUUUAUGUGGAAUGUGUUUUGGUUUUGUUAUUGCUUGCGCUGUAGAUACAGAAAGAACUGCCACAUAUGUUGCGAUGGGUUCAUUUUUACCUAUAGUAAUGUUGUGUGGCGUUAUAUGGCCAAUUGAAGGAAUGUAUCCAUUGUUGCAAGUUUUCACUUCUUAUCUACCGCUAACGAAACCUACGGAAUCUUUGCGUUCAAUUUUACAACGUGGUUGGGAUUUUUACAAUCCUGUCGUCUAUAAAGGAUUCAUUUCAAUUUCUUCAUGGGUUUUAGUAUUUAUGAUACUGACUGUUCUAUUAUUAAAAUUUAAAAAGGGUUAA